AUGAAAAUUGUGAUUUAUCUGUGUUUAUUUAUGUUCCUUAGUGAUGCAGAUGAUAAAAUUGUCAAUUCUGAUGACCUUGAGGGUCCUAAUGUCUGCAAAAGGGUUGUUACUGAAAACAUUACAGUAAUUGUGACAGAGAUGGUUCCUUAUCAAGAAACUAAGAUUGAAUGGUGUGCAUCAGUUCCACCAAGAUGUAGAAAAACAGUUAUUAAAUUAAAAGCUGUUAACAAAACAGAAGUUCUAGAAAAGACACGAACAAUCCAAGAGUGCUGCAACGAAUAUGAGAUAAAGCAAGGAACAAAUCUCUGCAUUCUCAAAAGAGCAAACCAAGACGAAGUUCCAUUGAAUAAACUUUGCAAUGCUGGCUGGACAGGUGAAUUUUGCCACGAGCCAUGCUCUGAUGGACUUUGGGGAGUAAACUGCAAAAAUAUUUGUAAAUGUCAAAAUAAAUCGAAGUGUAGAAAGUAUGACGGUCGAUGUCUGUGCGAAUUUGGUUUUACUGGCGAUUUUUGUGAACAGAAAUGUCCAAAUCCAUUUUAUGGAAAUGACUGCACUGAAACUUGCAACUGUCCAAAUGUUUCUAAUUUUCAGUGCCAUCAUGUUUAUGGAUGCAGAUGUACCGAUGGAUUUAGAGGUCUAAGUUGUGAGGAACUGGAUGAGCAGAAGUGA